AUGGAAACCCCCUAUUUCUUGGCACCGCUCAGCCAUGAUACCUCAGCCCCUCGAUUCAGACUUCUUAUGUUGCAUCCGAGCACGCAAGUCUCUUUAAUCGAGUGCAGUCUUCUGUCUUAUUCGUUCGACGAGAGCUGUCCAGCUUACAAAGCACUGUCUUACAAUUGGGGACGGAUAAGGAAUACUCACCAAAUACGUCUCAAUGGAUACGGAUUUCCUAUUUCCCGCAAUCUGUGGGCCUUUCUAGAGCAGAUGCGUAUCCAGAGGCAAUGGGGAUUCUACUGGAUUGAUGCUAUCUGCAUCGACCAAAGCAAUACAUUGGAAAAGAACCACCAAGUUCAAAUGAUGCGACGUAUCUACAGCACUGCUACGAGCGUCAUGAUCUGGCUCGGCGAAGCUAGCGAAGACAAUACAAGCGACAUGGCUAUGGACGCAGUGGCCAGCGCAUAUACAUGGGUAUCAAACAGGAGAUCUGGCAAUUCUAUGCACGAAUCGCAUUUCAUCCGGGACGAGAGAACAACGAAUGCUCUGGAACACCUUUUUUCCCGAGACUACUGGACAAGGAUUUGGAUUAUACAAGAAACCAUGGUUGCCAAAGAUAUUUCAGUACACUGCGGAUCAAAGGAGUUACAUUGGACACUCUUAGUAAGAUUUAUGGUUUUUGUAGCCACUAUAUACGAGAAAGACCCAGAGCACGUAGUACACCUUUACGCCACUACAGCCAUGCGUCUCGUAUUUGACUGGCAAAAAAUUCGCGAGACACAGCGAUGGAGUCCUAUUGCUGAACUUAUCGUGUACUACGCAAGUUCCAAAGCUUCAAAUAUCCUCGACAAGGUGUACGCCUUGUGCGGACUCGCAAGUGAUGGUGGCGACAUCACUAUCGAAUACGGUAUUUCACCAGAAGUUCUGAUAGCUCAUCUCCUCGAUCGAGCUCCUAAAUCUUCCUCGGCAGAAGAUCUGCGUUCUCUAGCAUUUAAUGCAUACGAAUCUUUGGAACUUAAUCCAACGCUUUUCAGCAUGGACGAGCUACUCAUCAUUUUAGAGAUUGAAGGACAUAAACGCAAGAUAGGCUAG